AUGCAGCCCUUCUUUGUCAUACCUGCUGCCCUCUUCCUGACUGCUGCCCUGAGCCCAGCAACUGCCACAGCACAGGGUGAAAAUGAUGCCACUGGAGAGGAUGCCUAUCCCCCUCUGUGGGACCAUGCCCCUGCAACCCUGAUGGACUACCCAGUAAAGGACAACAAAAUUGUCAUCAAUGCUUGGAACUAUCUGCAACGGCUGGGAAUGUACAGGAGCUUGCUGAGUGCUUCAGACAGAUACUUUGCAGCCUCUCCAUCCCAAAGCACUGCCAACAUCCUCUGGGGAUUACCACUGCAGCAUGGCUGGCAGUUUCGUACAGGGAGACUGGCAGAUCCUUCCCGUGCAGGCUCCUGUGGCUAUGAAGAUGGAGACCUCCUGUGCAUAUCUGUAAGGAGCUGGUGGUCCAGCAUGAACUACUACCUGGCUGCCAUCCCUUUCCUGGGGGCAGUGGAGGCUGGGCUCUUCGGGCAGCUGCCCCAUGAGGUAGAACUAUUGCCACCAGAGGAGCAAGCAGCUGCUUUCUGCUACAGCGUUGCUGACUGCCGCGCUCGCUUCCCCAAGCUGAUGGAUCACUGGAAAGCCUAUUUUGAAUAUCUGUUAUCUACAGAACACAGAGCCAUGAGCCCUGCAGCCUUCUCCUUCCAGCUGGAUGAUGCCCUGGGUCUCAUGUGGAAGGCACACGUCAGCUCCAUUGCUUAUGCACUGCCCAAGUUCCAGGGCAGCUUGAAGCAUCUCCCUGCUCCAGAAGCAACAUUUGGAGCAGACUGGGCUAAUGCUGUGGAUUUCAUUGCAGCCACACACUUCUCCACAGACUUUGUGAACACAAACAACUUCCAGGCUUACCUGCCCCAGAGGAUGCUGGUGGAAGGGGAUGAUCCCCCAUCCAUCAGUGACUUCAGCCCGCAGCAAAACCAAGUCCUGCUCUCGAUGGGAGCUCUUCACAAGGCAAAUCGGCUCACAGGAGGGCUGCUGCUGAAGCUCUGGCAAAAGGCGAUGUCCACUGAAGCAGGAAGGAAAAUAGGCCGAGAGCUGAUUGCAAACUUGGCCUCUGGCAAGGAGGCUGAGCCAGAGGGGACAGACAGCACACUUGGGAAGCAGUGGAUCUGACAGCCCUGCUCCUGGAGAAGGAAUGGUUGCAACACUGAUUGAUGGCUUCAGCUCCCGGCGCUCGUGGUGCCUGCAAUCUGGCCGCGGUGAUUUCUGGCUGCAGGAUCUCCUCAGGAGCCAUGUGUGUAGCUCUUUCAGUAGCAAUGGCUUUAGCCUUCCUUAUUUUUUCCUAAUCAGCUCGUUUCUUUCACUAAUCUUAUAAAUAAAG